CUUUUACCUUCUGGAUCCGUCGAAAGAUCAUCUGAUAAACCUGGCCCGAAACUCGGCAUUGCAGCUGGUGCCAGCCAAUUAGGCGCACGAGCCGGAGAGGGAUUUAUGUGUCCCACUUAUCAAUCUAAUCUCUCCAUCAGCUUAACCCCUUCCCUCGGGACUGCUUCCUACCUACAGCUCUGAGGGCGCGUGUGAGCGAGUUUGCUCUCUUUUCUACCUACAGUCAUCUUGGUUGAGCGAUUGAACGCUCCAGUUACCACAAUGGCGGUAUCGUUGUCCAACUUCCUCCUUCCAAUAUCCCUGCUCCUCGCAGCAACCGUCCAUGCAGCAACGGUAACCUACGACUUUGAUGUGUCGUGGGUCUACGCGAACCCGGACGGUCUGCAGAACCGCCCUGUCAUUGGCAUUAACGGCCAAUGGCCCAUCCCUACCAUUAGGGUCACCAAGGGCGAUCGCCUCGUCGUCAAUGUGAAGAAUUCGCUCGGCAACCAGACGACGAGCUUGCAUUUUCAUGGUUUGUACAUGAACGGGACGAACCACAUGGACGGCGUGGACGCGGUCACACAGUGUGGAAUCGCACCCGGCAGCACGUUCACGCACAAUUUCACAGUCGACCAGCCAGGUACUUACUGGUACCAUAGCCAUGUCCGAGGACAGUAUCCUGACGGUCUCCGUGGCCCUCUCAUUGUUGAAGACCCGGACGACCCGCACAAGGAUCUCUACGAUGAGGAGAUUGUUCUCACCUUCUCGGACUGGUAUCACGGCAUGAUGACAGACCUUCUAAAGGGCUUCAUCAGCGUUGCGAAUCCCUCUGGGGCCGAGCCUGUUCCGGACUCAGCGCUCGUAAACGAGACGCAGAAUCUUACGGUGAAGAUCGAGCCAGGAAAGACUUACCUCUUCCGCAUGAUCAACAUGGGCGCCUUUGCUGCGCACUAUGUCUGGUUUGAAGACCACACGAUGCAGAUCGUCGAAGUCGACGGCGUCUACACUGAGCCAGCCGACGCAGACAUGCUAUACAUGACCGCCGCUCAGCGCGUCAGUGUCCUUAUCACCGCAAAGAACGACUCCAACUCCAACUUUGCAUUCGUCGGUAGUAUGGACCAGGAUCUUUUCGACGUGAUACCCGAGGGCUUGAAUCCGAAUGUAACGGGCUGGCUGGUGUAUGAUGACGCGAAGGAGAAGCCUCCGCCCAAGGAGGUGGACAGCUUUGAGCCGUUUGAUGACUUCACGCUUGUGCCAGAGGAUAAGGAGGAGCUGUAUGAUCAUGUCGAUCACACUGUUCAGUUGGAUCUCAAGAUGGAUAAUCUGAACGAUGGAGCGAAUUACGCUUUCUUCAACGACAUCACCUACGUCCACCCCAAAGUACCGACCCUCUACACCGUCCUCUCCACCGGGUCCAACGCCACCAACCCCGCCAUCUACGGCUCAAACACAAACCAAUUCGUCCUGAAAGCCAACGAAGUCGUCGAGAUCAUCCUCAACAACGACGACCCCGGAAAACACCCGUUCCAUCUCCACGGCCACGCCUUCCAACUCGUCCACCGCAGCGAAGACGAAGCCGGCUUCUACGACUCCAACGCCGCCCCCUCCUUCCCCGCGACCCCCAUGCGCCGCGACACCGUGCUUGUCCACCCCAACGGCAACAUCGUCCUGCGCUUCCGCUCCGACAACCCGGGCGUCUGGCUCUUCCACUGCCACAUCGAGUGGCACGUGGCCUCUGGUCUGGUCGCCACGAUCAUCGAGCGCCCACUCGACAUCCAGGCGCAGCUCGCCGGUAAGAUCCCGCAAGACCACCUGGACAACUGCAAGCUGGAUGGCGUGCCGACGGCGGGUAAUGCUGCGGGGAACACGGCGGAUUUGCUGGAUCUGACUGGCGAGAAUAGGAGUCCCGGGACGCUGCCGGCGGGCUUUACGGCGCGAGGCAUUGUGGCGUUGGUGUUUAGUUGUGUGGCGGCGUUCUUGGGUAUGGCGGUUAUUGGGUGGUAUGGGAUGGCGCCUAUUAAGGCGAAGACUGGUUAGGAAUGUCUAUGUGCAUGAUACCAUGGGAACAAGAGUGCUUUUUUAGCGCGUUGGGACUUACUUAUUGGAGAGAGAAAGUACCAUGUUCUUAGUUCUGAAUGACGAGAUACCUACUGACUUUCCUUACCGCAAUGCAAGUUUAAGGAGUAGCACAAGCUUUGUAUACAUCUGC